AUGAAGCACAUGAGAUUGCUCAACUGCUUUAUCUUGCUUUCAACUUUCGCGUUGCUCUCGUUUUACGACACUGAAGCGGUGGAAGUUCUCGCGUCGAAUGCUGCGGGGGAUGAAACUUAUCAGAACUCGAGAAGACUGCUGUCAACAACUGCGACUCAUGACCCCAACCUUCAAAAAGUAGCAACGGUUCUGGGAAGUGCGGAGAGUGCAGAGGGAAAACUGAAACCUAUUGCGUCGCGGAUAUGGAAUCGCAUCAAGAACAUAGAGUUGGGUCAGAAGAUCAAGAAAAUGAAGUUGAAGAAGAACCUUAAAGCUACUUGGCUAUUUUUCAUGUCGAUUUUCACAGAUUCUUCGCUCCUCAGAUUGCUUCUGCCUAGUGUGUAUUUGAAAUACGCUGGCGACAAAAGCGCAGCUAUCCAGUCUCUUUUUAAACAAUAUGAUGUUGGAAGUGUGACAUCGAACGUUUUUGCAAGCUCGCAAUUCAAGAAGUGGUUUGCUGUUAUAAGUAAAGCCUACAAGUCUGAUCCUCAGAAAGGUUACGUGGAGAUCCUGAAGGCUUUGAUCACUAAGUUUGGCAGAAUGGAAAUAUACAUGUAUUUGGCUGAGGCUUCAAACGUUCCAAGUAUGCGAGAAAUUGGCAAGGUGCUGGAUGUUGCUCUGAUCAAGGAUUGGAUAAGAAUGGAUGUACGAUUCCUUUUGUCGAAGCAGGACUUCCAGGAGUGGUUCUUUUUCAGAUCAAAGGAGGGUCGAGUAGCUGCGAUUGAACUUCUGUUGCUUAAAAUGAAGGAGAGUGGGAAUGCAAAUCGUCUCGACACUAUGUUAGAAUCAGCGAAAAUAAAAGGCAGAGAAGAUGAUAUGCUCAUUGCCAGAAUCGUCCGGUUGGUUCAUUUGAAAAGUGCUGGACUGUCAGAUGUAGAAUUGUUUGAAAAGUCGGGCCUUGACAACCUUGAGUUAACGGUUUUGCUUACCACUGAAGAACUCUUCGACUGGUAUGAUCUCGUGAAGAUGAAAGGAGGCGACCCUGUCAAGAUUUUGCUUCCUAAGCUGUUACAAGAAUCGUCUGAAGAAGAUGUAGCCCUGCUUCUAGCAAUUCUCGCCAAACUAUACGACCACCCUCUUACAAAGACGACACUCAAUGCGCUGCUCAGCAUGUGGAAAGAAAGUAGCACCGUUAGUCAAGUCGCAAAUCACCUUCACAUCAUCGACUUUCGUGCGAAUCUUUUUGAAAGCGAGGAGAUGUAUGUAUUUGACUCCUACAUGCAAUUAUGCCACGGAGAUGAUCGAUACAACUCGAUGGAUCAAGAACUGCGACGUCAAUUUGGCGAUGAUUUCGAUAAAAUGCUAGUUGAAGGCGUAAAAAGCGGCAAUGUGAUUGCGAAGAAUCUUUACGAGCAUACCAAGAGUGUUUAG